UAAAGGGAGAGGUGACAGAGUAGAUUAUCCUCCUCUCCUCUCCUCCUCUGCCAGCCUCAUCAUGUUCAUGCUGCAGAUGUUGACUGUUAUCUCUCUGACUGUUAUCCUCUUGGCAUCUGUAGAAGCUAUAGGUGUGCAGAUGCAGAAGGAUGUCCAGUGUUGCAUGCUAUACUCCCACGGCAAGGUGCGUACCAAAGAUGUGUUGCGGUUUGAGGUGCAGACGGAGGGGCCCGACUGCAGUAUACAAGCCAUCAUUCUGUACACGAAGAAGGCGGUGAAGUGUGCAGACCCCAGAGAUCGGAAGGUGAAGAGGUUGCUGAGAAAGCUCCUCCAGAGACAGAGAACCAAGGCCCGCCGAACCAUGUGGCUCCUUCCUGAUGACAAUCUGCCUGUCAUGUCAGAGGUCAAGAAGGACCACUGGGCGGUUCUCAGUGUGGAGUGAUGGAGCACCAUCAAACAUAGAGGAAAAGUUGGAGUCAUAAGCCAAGUAACCUUUCAGCAACUUGUCUUUUUUACACGGCAAAGCUUGCUGACUCUCCAAUCAUCUUGUGUCUCUUUCUCUCUAUCUACACUAUCUGUCUCCCUGGGACUGGACCUGGGCAGCAAUACAUAUUUAGAUAUUUAAGAAUGAACUCUGUUUGAAAUACUCCCAGUAUGUGGCUGGAACAGUCUCAACAAAGGGGUGUUAUUUGUAAGAUAUGUUGCAAAGAUUUUUUUUUUUUUUUUAAUGGCUUAUACUGUUAUUUGCCAGAGUCUGCCUGAAAGUAUCUCCCUCUAUAAAAGCAUAACUACUCAUGACUGAUAUGAAAUCAGUGAAACAGUUGUAAUGAAAUGAGCAGUGAUAUUAAUGUUAUAUAUCACCAAGAUACUCUUAUGGUUAUUUGUGACUUGUAUACCAUAAAUGUGUAAUGACACUUCAUACAGUAAAGUAGAUAGGAUUUUGUUACAGUACACUGAGCGCGCAGAAUAUUGGGAAACAUGUCUCUAGUGGUAUGGUUUACAACUCUUCAGGCUAUAUUUGAGUAUUUGUAAAAUCAAAGUUGAAUCAGAGUGAAUAUUUCACCUGAAUUCAACCAUCACUGUCACAUACCUCAAGAGCAGAGUUCCUAAUAUUUUGUCCAUUUUGUAAAUUGAGUGUUAGUAAAUCCUGUAUGAAAUGCGAGUCUAACACCAGGCCCUCAGGCACCAACGACACAUCUAAAUAUCUAUUUGGAGUUUACAUUUCAUAUCAUUUCCACAGUAGUGUGUCACUAAACUAUGCCAAAGUGUUCAUGAUUCAAUUCACCACAUGGCCAGGCUGUUAAAACUUAGAGGGCUCGAUUGUGUGUGAAACACACAAGCAUUGUAUUGUAGGAGAAAGCACUGUAUAUCAAAACACAGUAUCUCAAGUGAACAAUUUUAUAAAUUAAUCUGAAAUAACUA